AUGGGAGAAGUUAGUGUUGAUCAGGCAGUCAAUUUGAUAUCCUCUGGGAGGCUCAAAGAUCGGAUAGAUGGACUUGAAGGUGACACCCCAGUUUGUCGUCCGGUGUUAAUUGACUGGCUAACUUUUUGUGUAGAUCUCAAACACAUCUUGCUUCAAAACAGGCGCUCUCCUAGACUGGGCUCUUUGAACGAUAAAGUAUAUCACGGUAUCUUUGAGACUCUUUUCCGAUUUAUUGCUAUUGAGAAAUCGACGUUCAGUAAAGCGAAUCGAGCUGUCUCCAAAACGCAAGCAGCAAGCAGACUGGCAAAAUGCGCUGGUGUCAUUAGAACUGCAGCUGAAGUCUCCCUACGUCGGAUUAGGACGAAAACUGUGAUUGCUCUUGUUAACCAUGUUAUUGAUUCAUUGACAAUCCCUGGGGAAGGGUUAUGGGAAUCUCUAAGUGCAGAUUACAUAAAAACCCUGCGAGUGAUUCUACAAUAUCCACCCCAUGUUGAACAUCUUUCCAAAGAUGUCUGGUGUGAUCUGCUAGAAUUCUGCCUCCAGGGCCUUGGACUUGCAGGGGAUAGCAACUCGCUACAGAUGAGCAUCCGGCGAGGCCGAUCCAUACCACCAGAAGAGUUCAGCCAGAGUAGCCGUUCAACUCCCCAUCCAACAUCGGCACAAUCCUCUUACCCAUCGUCUAAACAAGAUUCAAGGGGCAGCUCUGAGGAUCUUGAAGUCUGCAUACAGCUGUUAGUCGCUUGUCCAGGUAUGCCAGUGCUCGAGAAUGCACCGAAACUAUUUCAUAAUCUUUCAAAAUAUAUAGCUUCACUAAAUCCAAUGGGAAGCGCACCCCAUGCAGCUUUCACUGCUCUUAACACGACCCUCUCUAUCGCUAUCUUGGAGAACAUUACUCUUGUUCAAGAUACCCUUUGCGCCGUGAUACCUACCAUUAGAAGGUAUUGGUCUACAAAGUCUGUUGUGCUCAAAGAGGAGAUGCUAGCUACCCUUCUUAUAGGAAAAGAAAUCCUAUGCAGAAGAGGCCAAGCUCUCCAGCCGGAAUUAGACAUCGAAAUUAUCCAAGGUAUCGUAGACCGGUUGCAUUCGGAAUAUGUUCGGCUUCCUGAGAGAGAAGCCCUGCAGGUUGACGAUUUAAUUUUCUCCCACCACAACAUUCCUAUGCAUGUUGGCCUUCAGUUUAUCUCACCAAAUACAGGAGUCUCGAAAGUCAUGCAGAAUUGGACAAUUUUGUCACUCAUAGCGGCAUUCUCAAGGCUUAUUGACAAUUAUCACUCACGCGAGAAACGUGACUUGGCGGAAGAAAAGUCCUUGAAUAAAAAGCAGCAUCUUCUUUCUAGAAUUGAUGAUAUUCUGAUGGAUGCUUCAAGACCUACUGGGAAUAAUCGUAUUUGUGCGUUACAACUCAUACCAUUCAUCGUAUCAGAAACAGAGCCAGAAGUCGGACGCCUCUCUACACUCCUUGGGCAACUAAUUAAAAAUACCCUCGAUGACAAUGUUGUGGUCGCUUCUUGGAGUAUUGUUGCAAUUACCAGUCUUACUCUCUGCCGGCACGCCAAAUCUGAUCAGAUCAAGGAAACUUGGCUUCAAGCAUGGGAAUUAGGUGUACGAAAUAUAUCCUCUCCAGCUAUCUCGCGAGCCGUCUGUCAUUUUAUGGCUGUAUCCAUUCACUCUAAGUUGUUGAGCUACUCGGAUAUUGCUCGAACACUCGAUUCCCUGGUGUCUUCCGCAGACAUGAACGGUCCUGCAAACCUCAACGAUUCGUCCUUGAAUCUUUGGGUCAAUGUUUUAGAACUGUGGUCGGAGGUAAAUGCUACACAGAGCCAAAGCCUUGUUAAACAAGCUUUCCCGACAGACAGAGUUCAAACCAGCCAUAUGGCAACUUUUGCUCGGCCCUUUCCUCUCCUUGGCAUUUUAUUGUCAUGUUUUGGAGCGUCCAUACCGAACCCAGAUUUAUCCUCUACAGGCCCAGUAAAUCGCAUCUCUAGGGUUUGGAUGCAUUUACAACAUCAUGCAAAAAUUCUCGAUUACUUGACACUCACGGGCAAGAAAACGACUGUUCAUUCAGAAAUAGUGGGUAAUGUACCAAUCUAUGUCGCUACUAGACACCACCCUUCCGAGACUCUGGUUCUUGACCUCUUACAGUAUAAAAUUGAUACCUUUCAUCAGGUGUGGGCUGCUCUCUGCACUGAUAAGGGGCAUCAUAUCACUGUGGAGAUUAUCCAAGUCCUUACCUCUCUAUGCGUCAUCUCUAUAAUCAUGAUGGAGUUCAUACCGCAAUCAUUAAGGAGCCAGCACACCCAAGAUUCCGUUCUUAAACUUUGGGCGAGUUUAUGUGAUAAAUUUUCCAAGGAUGAGGAGCACCUAAAUACAUGUUUAGAGGUGUUAGCUCCUAUUGUUCUCUCGUUGAAAGCUCCAUUUGACUCGAAGGAUAUCAUUUUGCGUGGCCUAGUCCGGAUGAGUGUGCUACUCGUCCCUAUACUGGAAAGAGAUAGACAAUCCGAUGAAAUCAAUUCGCAAGCAAGUGAUGCUAUGGAUGUUGACACGGAUUUCCCAUCCCAACGGCCCGCGGCCAUGGAGUCGAGUCUUAUUUCAAAGAUACACCGAAGUGACAGCGUUGUCUCACUAUUUCCAGAUAGCGCCUCCGUUCGAAUUGCGACCUCUAUUCAGCUUAUGGUAAUCUGCAAAAUCCGCCUAGCUGAGGAACCAUGUUUACUCCUUGAUGGCCCACUGAUAGGAUACCUCACAACUUUAACUGAAACAGAAACCCUCGUCGGCUGGAAAUAUGUCAUUGACGUCUUCAAAGGACGGCCAGAUGUCUCCAGGGCUAAUGCUUGCAGAGUUAUAGAAUAUUUUGGAGAAAAGUGUCUAGAGUCCUAUCAGCUCGAAGGGUGCGAGUCCGCAAUUUGCGCUUGCAUCAGCCUAGUGGGUUGCUUUGUAAACCUUUGGACUGGAAGUGAACGGGACGAUCUGUUUGAGUCUGCAUCUGAGCUUUAUGCAUGGUUUACUGACGUCUUAUUGGGAGAAGGCCUCGGGUCCUCAAAAGUACUUAUAAGACUUUCCGAUCUAUCAGAGUCCAUCUUACAAGCAAACCCUUCUCACCUGAAGGAGACCCGACAAGCCUCUCCUCGAACUACCCUUUUCAGAAUACUUCGGGAUGGCGACCUGGUAGUAAAAUUUCAUAUAUCACAACUUAUACCGGAUAUCUUCAGUCGGUUCGUACUAAAAGAACAUGAUGCUAUUCUUGAAGAUGUGAUCGACAGGUUACCCCAGGAUUCAACGUGGGCUGAAGGAAUUGCAUUGCGUCUAUACCUCUUUGCGCAGCUUGCGUCCCGUUGGCAUACACUUCUUCGCCAGAGUAUUUACCGCAUUUUUGAGACUUCUGGGAAUGUUCCAACAUCUAUUCCUCAUGCAAAAGCCUGCCUCCAGGAGAUUUCUGUAGAACUUGGCUUGGAUGGUCCUAAGGAAGUAUUUCAGCUAUUUACGCCACAGAUCCUUUACACUUGGAUGGACAAAGAGUCUGUGACUGAUAUUCCAUUUGCUGUGUUUGGGUAUCCUACGCUUCGUGAGCUUCUUGUUGACAUACAAGACGAAGUUGUAGGCCAAACUGCAAUGAGAGAAAAGGAAGAUGAUAAGAAAGCUAUAGAGGCUUGUCUAGAGAGAACAUUCGAGGAUUUAUUAUGCGAAUCUUUCUAUAAGGCUGAGGCAUACAGUGUCGCUCGUGACAUUAGCAUGCCCCCUUCACAAGAGGUAGGGGCCAAAGGAGCAGAACGUGGGAUGAUUAACCUUCUUGGGAAAGAGAAAUUUUUCCAACUAUCAGAGAGAUAUUUCCCUCAGACAGUCGCUACUCUCUUUGGUAGCAUCGAUCAAACGGAACAGAUUCAGAGGGCAUUUGAGAAACGGCCUACAUUUCAUCAUGCAUUAGUAGCCUGGCAAAACAUACAUGAACGGAGCCAUUCAGCGUCAGCCCUUCCUCUCAGUCAGCAACCUUGCUUCCGUGCAAGGUACCUUCUCGAUGAAAUUGAAUUUUUGUGCAAGAGGAGUGGUUUUGACAUUGAAACUAUGUGGACUCCGUCCCUAGUUUGUUUCGUUGCAAGAACACUUUUGGACUCGACGCACGCGGCCCUUGGUUCGCUGCAUACGUGCUCAGUUAUCCGCAAACUCAAGAUCUUGAUUUGUGUGGCGGGUCAAAUAUUACUAUAUGAUUAUCCAUUUGAGAUGCUUUUACGUGGAUUAAGCCCCUUCCUUACGGAUUUUCAUUGCGCAGAGGAUGCGAUUGGCCUGGUUUGGUAUCUAAUUGAAAAUGGCAAGGCAUAUCUUUCUGACAAUCCUUCAUUUACUGCCGGUCUAGCUGUUUCAAUAUUGGCAUCUCUUCGAGAAUUCUUGUCUGCACCUCAAGCGAGCACUACCCAAAGAGCUCACUUCAAGGCCACACUCGCCAAAGCGCAUGAGUUCCACCUUUGGUUCUCGGACUUUCUCAAAACAUAUAGCCCCUCAGCAGAAUAUAGCACUCUCGAUGGACCGUCUACGGAGUCUUUACGCAGGAUAAUCCAUGCAUCUCAGAAUAUUCAACUUGUCGGGAACGGUAUUAAGGGGACAUACGAAAGUGAGCUUAUUCUAGAGCUGUUGGGUGAUAAAAUCUCAGGACGGAACCUGUUAACAGCCCACACGAGUAAUCUCGUCUUAUCACAACUAUGUGGUAGCUUCCAGAGGCCGGACACUUUCCGAGAUGAUGUUUUGGGUGAGGAUGCCGUUGCUGCCUCCCAUGCAAUGACAUUAUGGUCCUCCGUCGAAAAUCGAACUCUGGGCAAAUCAUUUCGUCUGUGGCUAGCCCGAGUACUUGGCCGUUCAUAUGCAGCUACGGGAGUGGUGGAUCCGUCCUUUCGAAAAGAACAGAAAUCGGAAUUCCUUGACUGUUCCCAUGAUGGUUUUCUCUCUGGCUCGAAAAUUGCCAUACUACGUAUACUAUGUGAUUCAUUGUCUAACAGCAGUGGCCCGGCUGGGCUGGCGGAGAGAACCCUGCAAAUGAUCUCGAAUAACAUUACCAGAGAUCUUCAGAUUGAUGAAUGCAUGCAAAUUAUACCCCCGACCCUACUGAAAGCUCUAACAUGGGAACCAUAUCAAUGCCCUAUGCUUGUCUUCUCAGCAUCCGCAAUGGCCCGUUUUAUAUCUUUACCACAACGAGACGCGACAAAUACGGCCUCUGAGUUUGCUCAACAUUUAGCACUGUUUCUAUGCAACAAAGUGGCUAAUGAUGCAGUUAUUGGGGCUUUACCAAAAAUCAUCUUUGAAGUUCCUUCCUUCGCAGUUCAAUUACUUCCAUAUAUCCUUCAUGACGUAUUGUUAUCUGAGAUUGACAGUAACCAGAAAACUAGAACUGAAGUUUCUGAACUCUUCAAAGAGACCCUUCAAAACAGCAAUGACUCAAUUAUACCCCAUAUUCGUUUGAUAAUAACGUGUAUUCUCUACCUUCGACGCCAGCCUUUACCCCGAGAGAACACCAUGGGUGAAAGAAAUGGGUGGCUUGAUAUUGACUUUAUGUUGACCGCAACAGCAGCGUCUCGCUGUCAAAUGUAUAAAACAUCGUUGUUAUUUUUGGAAAUAUGUCACUCACAGGCUGCUGGAGCAUCUAGACGGUCAUCUACGAUAGCACCACCAGAAUCUACCGAACUUCUCCAUCGCAUAUUCAAAAACAUUGAUGAUCCAGAUUCCUUCUAUGGUAUACAACAAGAUCAAUCUCUUGAUGCUGUACUGCAGAAGUUGGAACAUGAAAGCUCAGGGCUCAAGAACCUGUUCUUCCAGAGCGCGAAUUUCGACACCGACCUCAAGCUGGGACGAAAUAUAGACGACGGGGGAGCCUUUGAAAUGAUUAAAGCUCUCAAUUACACAAAUCUACAAGGACUUUCUAGUGCCAUGUUCCGUUCGUGCACCCCAACUUGCGCUAGUAACGAGGCUUUUGAUCACAUGCUUUCAACAAAUAUAUACUUGCAACAGUGGGAUAUACCGGUACCUACAACGACGUCCCCAACUGGAACACUGUUCAAAUCUUUACAGGCUUUGAAUAGUUUAGAGGAUAGAAUUCAGAUAGUCAAGUCCCUGGAUGAUUGCUUCCUUGAGAUUAUUGACCGUCUCAACCAGGGAAACCAGUCACUAUCCUCUUUGAAAUCUUCCAUGACAGUUUUAGGAAUACUUACCGAGAUAGACGAAAUAAUCAUGUCGGACAAUUCUUCGCACUUACAAGAAGUUUGGGACCGCUUAACAAGUCGUGGGGAGUGGCUGAAGUCAGAAAGGGAAGCUAUAUUCUCGUCAAUUAGCCGCCGGUCACAUUUGAAGAAGAUGACAAACUUAAGCUCGAGAGACGCCCAAAUUCUAGAGGCUGAGUGUAUAAGAGAAUCACUGAGAAUUAGUACAGAUCACGGCAUUCCACAGGCAUCCCUCCAAUCGGCUAUGUCAUUAUCAAAACUGGUUCAACCCUGCGCUGAACUAGGGGUGAAAAUUGACGCAGCGACUGCAUUUGAUCUAGCAAACGUUCUCUGGGAUCAAGGUGAAAUGAAAACCUCCAUCAAGAUUCUGCAAAAUUUAAGUGGUCAAAAGGACUUGCACAGCCAGACUAUUCCCGUGAGUGUAGCAGAGAUUUUGGCUAGCUUAGGACACCACAUUGCAGAGGCUAGAUUAGAACAGCCAGAUGCCAUCAUUCAGAGCUACUUAGCUCCAUCUAUCAAAGAGCUAAAAGGGGAAUACACCGGCGGAGAAGCCGGUCUUGUAUUUCAUCAAUUUGCGACAUUUUGUGACCAGCAGCUACAGAAUCCAGACACAUUGGAAGACUUUGUCAGGCUAGAGCAUUUGCGAACAAGAAAGCUCAAAGAGGUAGCUGAUCUUGAGGAAAUGAUGAAAACGUCUGACGGAAAGACGAAGGACCAGCUUCGUACACAUCGAACGAAAGCAAAGCAAUGGUUUGAUCUGGAUGAUCGCGAAUACCAACGACUGAAGAAGAGCCGAGAGUCAUUUUUAUAUCAAUGCCUUGAAAAUUAUCUCCUAUCUUUAACAGCUUGCGACACCUUUGCGAAUGAUGUACUUCGCUUCUGUGCCUUAUGGCUUGACAAUUCAGAUAAUGAACAAGCUAAUAACGCCGUAUCAGGAUAUUUACGCGAAGUGCCGACCCGGAAGUUUGCUUCAUUGAUGAAUCAGUUAUCUUCAAGAUUGCUCGAUGUUGCAGAUACAUUUCAACCACUGUUAUCCGCAUUGGUUCUCCAAAUCUGCAUCGACCAUCCCUACCAUGGCAUGUACCACCUAUUUGUUAACAGCAGGUCUAAGAAGGAUAACGACCCAAAGGCUGUUUCACGCUAUAAUGCAGCAGGAAAAAUUGUGGAUGUGUUGAAAAAGUCCAAAAGAUCAGGUGAAUGGCUCGCAAUUCACAAUACCAGCUACCACUACUUGAACUUUGCGGCAGAACCAUUGGAAGGCAAAGUGAAGAGCGGAUCCAAGCUGGUGUUGAAGAAGACUAUAUAUGGCACUCGAAUGCAGAGCGCCAUCUCAAAUACUAAAAUACCACCACCUACUAUGACCAUUCCGCUUCGUGCCGAUUGUGACUAUAGCGAUGUUCCACAUCUGGUCAGUUUUCAGCCAACCUUUACCAUCGCGUCUGGUAUUAGUGCCCCGAAAAUUGUUACUGCUAUGGCAUCUAAUGGGUUUAAAUCUGGAAAUGAUGAUUUACGUCAAGACGCAAUAAUGGAGCAGACUUUCGAACAAGUCAGUGACCUUCUCCGAGACCAUAGGGACACUAGACAACGAAAGUUAGGCAUCAGAACGUACAAAGUGUUACCACUGGCAUCGAAUUCUGGGAUUAUUGAAUUUGUCCAAAACACGAUGCCGUUGAAUGACUACCUGCUACCGGCACAUCAGCGAUACUUCCCCAGGGACUUCAAACCAAACCAGUGCCGCAAAUUUAUCAAUGACGCUCAGAGCAAAUCUCGAGAUCAGCGCAUCAAAGCCUACCGUCAUGUUACUGACCAUUUCCACCCUGUUAUGAAAUAUUUCUUCAUGGAGAAAUUCCUAAAUCCAGAUGAUUGGUUUAGCAAGCGUUUGGCAUACACUAGAAGUACAGCUGCUAUUUCCAUGCUUGGCCACGUGUUAGGCCUGGGAGAUCGACACGGCCAUAACAUCCUUCUGGAUACUGAAACAGGAGAGGCAGUGCAUAUUGACUUAGGUGUUGCAUUUGAGCAAGGCCGUGUUUUACCAAUUCCAGAGAGUGUGCCCUUCCGUCUAACUAGGGAUCUUGUGGACGGUAUGGGGAUUACAAAAACCGAAGGAGUAUUCCGGCGAAGUUGUGAAUUUACUCUUGCAGCCCUCCGUGAAGAGUCGUACAGUAUAAUGACUAUUUUAGAUGUCCUGCGUUAUGACCCGUUAUACAGCUGGACGUUGUCUCCUUUACGAAUGAAAAAGAUGCAAGACGCCCAAGAAGCUGAAAAUGGCGCGGUCACCUCCAACGAAGGUAGAAAAAAGACGAACCUCAACGAGCCUAAUGAGGCUGAUAGAGCUUUGACGGUUGUUCGGAAGAAGCUUGGCAAGUCACUGAGUGUAGCAGCCACUGUCAACGAGUUGAUUCAGCAAGCUACAGAUGAAAAGAACCUUGCUGUCCUGUACUGUGGCUGGGCUGCAUACGUCUAA